AUGACUGUCGACGAGAUACAUCGGCACGAGUCGCAAGUCCCGGCCGUGACGAGCGUGCUUGCCAAUGGCGAUGUGCCGGAUGACAUCUUGAAGAUGUCGGGCGACGAGGCGGCGCUCGCGGCCCUCGGUUACAAGCAGGAAUUCAAGCGCGAGUUCUCCGCCUGGACAACCUUUGCCGUCAGCUUUGCUGUAAUGGGACUAUUACCGAGCAUCGCCAGUACGAUGUGGUACGGGCUCGGUUACGCUGGACCGGCAGCCAACACAUGGGGCUGGCUCGUAUCCGUUCUCUUCGUCUUAUGCGUCGCCGCGUCGAUGGCAGAAUUAGCCAGCAGCAUGCCAACUUCCGGCGGUCUCUACUAUGCGGCUGCGGUGCUGGCCGGUCCCAAGUACGGCCCGUUCGCGGCCUGGAUCACGGGAUGGAGUAAUUGGUUCGUGCAGGUUACCGGCGCUCCUAGCGUCGACUACGGAUGUGCUUCCAUGGUGCUAGCAGCGGCGUCGAUUUCAAACCCGGGCUACGUGCCGACGCACUACCAGACGUUCCUUCUGACGGUCUUCAUCAUGUUCACCCAUGCCUGCAUAAGCAGCAUGCCAACCCUAUGGAUCGCGAAGUUCAACUCAGUCGGGACAACUAUCAAUAUCCUCUGUCUGGUGAUGACGAUCAUCAUCAUUCCCACCGCGACCAUGAGCGAACCAAAGUUUCAACCGAACGAAUUCGCAUGGGGUAUCCAAAACGGCACAGACUGGCCCGACGGCAUCGCUGUAUUGAUGUCGUUCUUGUCGAUCAUAUGGACAAUGUCGGGAUAUGACGCUAGCUUUCACUUGGCUGAAGAGUGCUCAAAUGCCGCCGUUGCCACCCCGAGAUCGAUAAUCAUGACCGCAGUAUCUGGAUCUAUCCUUGGUUUCGUGUUGAAUGUGCUGAUUGCAUAUACGAUCCAGGAUGUCCCAGCGGCCAUGGCAACCGAACUAGGCCAGCCGUUCGCGGGGUAUUUGAUCCAAAUAUUACCCCAAAAAGUUGCGUUGGCAGUCCUCUCUAUGACGAUCGUGUGCGCGUACUCUAUGGGCCAGGGAUGUAUGGUCGCCGCCUCGCGCGUGUGCUUCGCGUAUGCGCGCGAUGACUGUUUUGGCGUCUUCAGCCGUCCGCUCAAGCGCGUGAACCGAUACACGCUGACGCCCGUGAAUGCGGUGUGGUUUAACAUGACGAUCGGGGUUCUGCUGGUGCUUCUAGUAUUCGGUGGCGCCGCCAUCGAUGCUAUUUUCAGCAUCGGCGCUAUCUCCGCCUAUACCGCCUUCACGACGCCUAUCUUUCUCAAGAUCGUAUUCGUGGGGAACCGCUUUCGCCGCGGACCCUGGCAUCUCGGUGCUUUCAGCCUGCCCUCGGGCAUCGCCGCCUGCUCUUUUGUCUUUCUUAUGCUCCCCAUCCUGUGCUUCCCUAGCGUGAAAGGCGAGAACCUCACGCUAGAAGAGAUGAAUUGGACUGUGGUUGUCUAUGGCACGCCGAUGCUACUCGUUGUAUUGUGGUUUGUCGUCGACGCACACAAAUGGUUCAAGGGACCCAAGAUCAAUAUCGAGCACCACAUGCUUGACGAGACCCUACCCGACCUCGAAGGUGUCCAAGUCUAUCCGGCGGCAAGCGCGAGUAGCACCGAUGGUAAAGACCCAGGCUUGAAAAGGGGAACCCCGGCCAAGCAGCCUGCGGUUUAG